AAAGUGAUUUUUUUACAGCUCAGUUGAUUUAAAUGUUUAGAUCAAAGGCAUGAUGAACGGAAUUCAAACGGAUUAAGGAAAAUACGAAACCUCAUCAUGCGUUUCUCUGAAUUAAUAUCCCUAUUCAUCCUGAUGGUGCCGUGUGGGCUAUCUAAAGAAUUGCUGACCAUAACAGGACCAAGCGAGGUUACUUUCCAGGAGACGUUGGUCUUGAGAUGUUCCACUCCUGAUCCAACACUGCUACCACUAACUUGGGUUUUAUCGAUGAACGGAAAAACUGUCCUGAUAAAACCAGAACAGGAUAGAUGGAGGUAUAGAACGACAUUAACUACAUCAACUACACCUGAAAACGUUACAUCUAGUGUCUUAAAGAUUAGAUACUCUUCAAUCCAUGAUGCAGGCUUCUAUGAAUGUCAUCCAAAUAUUUAUGAGAACACUAAUGCCACUAUAACAGUACCGUUUCACUUUGUGUCUGUUUCUCAUGAAAAAUGCAUGAAUAAAGAUAGAAUAGAGAGUAUCUUUGUACCAGGGAGGGGAUGUUACUCCGUCAGUGCGAACAAAGAUCGAGAGACAAAAUGCGAAGCCAUUACGAUAUCUAACUGGAAGGAACAACUAGUCGCUUCAGAUAUCAUAAAUGAGUUCAUCCACAAGUACGGGAUAGGAGGGAUCGGAUGGCAACAUUUUCCUAUCAAAGUAAACAACGAAAAGAGGAACUUUCGAUGGAAAGACUUCAUACGAGAUAAGUCCAAACGACUGACGUUCUCUGCCUGGAAGGACUAUGAUCACGGGGACGAGUACAGCACGUGUGUAUCAAUAUCUUUCGCGGGGAACGUCUUUACAAACUGGGUGUAUAGUAGAUGCGGUAUGAAAUAUUCAAUCUGCCUGAACUCCACAGUAACGGACGAGCAGGAAGUGCAAAUGCCUACACGUUCACCAAUCACCAGUGACAUGAACACGACAUCUCCGCACGUCCUGAACCGCCUUUUCCAAUGUAGACAAACAGGAGAGUUUAUUUUGUCUGAUUUUGUAUGUGAUAAUCGCCCAGAUUGUGUAGAUGAAUCAGAUGAAGGUGACUCAUGCCAAACGCAAACAACCGAGGCCGAGGUGACAACUUUCCUCUGUGACAAUGGAAAAUCUAUACCUUUGAAUCUUGUUUGUGAUUUCUAUCGUGACUGUUAUGAUGGUUCUGACGAACGUAACUGUUAUCAAUUUGUGUGUUUGUCGGGUCAGUGGACAUGCCACAGUGGUCAAUGUAUUGCUGAUUAUGACGUUUGCGAUAGCGAGGAAGAAUGUGAAGAUGGAUCCGACGAAUGGACAAAAACCUGCAACGGGUAUACGAAGCAGAUAGAGACCGUUUGGCCAUGCCCAUCCCCGAGGCAUGUAUCUAUUUAUAGGAUAUGUGAUAUGAUUCCUGAUUGUUAUGAUGGAAGCGAUGAGGACGAGAAAUCUUGUUACCUGGAGAAUCCAACAUAUUCCUGUUCCACUCAUUGUCCUGGAAAACGAUGUAACGCUACUUCAGUGAAAGUACAUUUCGGAACCAGUGGUUACGAAACUGUCGAUUGCUCCUACAUCUCGGAUGUCGUACAGAUGACAUGGCCAUUUUCCGCUUUCUUGGAUACGUCUCCACACCAGGAAGGAUGCUACUUCAAAAAUAAAGAAGACGGAUCUAUCAACAUUAAGUUGAUACAUGAUCAGCCCGUUUCUAUCCAGUACAAAAGUGAACAUAUCCUGAAGAAUCUGCUACAACACUCACGAAAUUGUUACCAAAUAGUAGAGCUUUGUUUCUUUGGGUUUUAUUUCAAAAAAACACACAUCCAAUUCUCUAGCCAAUGGGACGGAAAACACAUGAAAGAUCUUACAUACUGUGGAAAUGUUUUAAAAGAGUGUGAUACCUAUCGUGGCUGCUCUAUAGAACUUCCUGUAGACCAUCCAUCUUGUCAGGGAAAGGCCACAGUACUAAUAGACGCAGAUGUUCCAAUUCGUUGGGUCAAAUUGAAGAUAAACGACAACUCAAGACCGAUACUACGUAUUUCAAGACCAGUCUGCACGGAAGACCAGACUCUCAUCGGUCCAGAAUACUUCGAACCACAGCUUCUGUGUCUGAACGGAAUGAAUUACUACUCUCAUCAUCGCUGUUUGAUGGACUUUGACGUCACUGGUGAACCGAACUCUUGCAGAGAUCUGACACAUCUGCAAAACUGUGAAUCAUUUGCUUGUCCUACGAAUUUUAUGAAAUGCCCCGAGUCCUACUGUGUCCAUGCAAGGUUCUUGUGUGAUGGAGUACCACACUGUCCAAACAAUGAAGACGAGCAAGAAUGUGAACACUUCACUUGUCCUGGAUAUUUUAGAUGUCACAGCAAUAGAAAAUGUAUCCCUUUGGAACAGGUCUGUGAUGGAUUUAGCCAUUGUCCUCAAGGUGACGACGAACGGCAUUGUGACGUCAUUUGUCCAAACUCCUGCUCAUGUCAAGGACUUAUAUUCAAUUGUGUAGACAACGACGUCAGCAAGUCCCGGGUACUUGGUCAAAUUCCUGAACAGAUACGAGGACUUACUCUGCAAAUACGUCUUUCUGAAUGGACUGGUCUUCUUCCAUUCCAAUUACCCACGAUUUUUUCUCUUUCAUUGCAACACUGUCACAUUAAUUCUUUAUACUUUGGCAAUCAUUCCGUUUUUAAUGGACUCGGGUCGUUAAUUAGACUUGACCUCAGUUUUAAUGAUAUAUCCUCCAUACCAGCCAACACAUUUACAAUGCUUUUGAAGUUGGAAUAUCUCGUUUUAAAUCACAAUCCUAUUGUCGCGAUAGAUAAAAUGGCGUUUUCAGGUUUGCAUUUACUGCGCGAAUUUCAUCUCGUUGGAUCCCAAAUCAGCAACCUCUCCUCUGACAUAUUUGUUGACUGUGAGGCUCUAACAUAUCUGAAUCUCAGUUCCAACUAUAUCAAAUGGAUAGAUGCUGACACGUUUAACAACCUGGCUUAUGUUAAGAGGCUUGAUCUACGCAACAAUAGCUUACAGCUAUCGGAACAUAUGUUCAAAGGCUUGACCAGUCUUGGACACUUGUACGUUGAUUCCUAUACGUUGUGCUGUGCCAAACCUGCCUCGGUAAUUGAUCCAAAUUGUAUCGCUCCUCGUGAUAGUAUUUCAUCGUGUACUGAUCUCAUCCGUUUAUCUAUCUUAAGAGUAGCUCUUUGGAUCAUAGGACUUUGUGCAGUCUUUGGCAAUGGGUUCGUUUUGGUUUACCGAUUGAAGUACGACCGGGCAAAUCUGACGAAAAGCUACUCCGUUUUCGUUAUCAAUCUGAGCUUGUCUGAUAUACUUAUGGGUAUUUAUAUAAUAAUCAUUGGUGUUGCUGAUGCUGUAUUCAGAGAUCGCUAUGUUUGGGAGGAAGAGACUUGGCGCCAGAGUACCAUAUGCACAGUGAGUGGCAUGUUAUCCACGAUAUCUAGUGAGGCUUCCGCUUUUACCAUCUUGUUUAUAACUCUAGAUAGAACAGUGGCGAUAGUGUUCCCAUUUUCACCAAAACAAUUCACAACUAAAUCUGCAAUAGGAACGUCUGUAGGCAUUUGGAUCAUCUCAAUAGUGAUAGCCGUGCUUCCAGUUUCUAGUUUCAAAGAUUACUUCCGGGGAAAGUUUUACAGCUCUUCCGGUGUGUGUCUUGCACUUCCUUUGUCAGAUUCUGGUACACCUGGUUCAGAAUAUUCAGUUGCUAUUUUUGUUGGUUUAAAUUUUGUCAUCUUCAUAGUUAUAGCAGUUUGUCAAGUUGUGAUUUACCAGAAGAGCCGAACUCAUCUUACACUGCGUCGGAUGACGACCAAGCAGGACAAGGACAUUGCUAUAGCACGGACACUCACGGCAGUCGUCGCUACAGAUUUUUUCUGUUGGUUUCCUAUCUGUGGCCUAGGUAUCUGGACGUCACUGGGAGGAAGUGUAACAGGAGAUGUUUACGCCUGGGUGAUGGUCUUUGUUCUGCCCAUCAACUCGGCAAUUAAUCCAUUCCUCUACACAUUAGCAAACACGUGGAAAAGGAGAAAGAAUCAACAACAUCGAUCCUCCAGUAAUAGGGGCCUAAAAUCAGAAACCGAAUUGACCAAUAUGGUUUUGGACGUGAUGAAAACGUUCCGCUACAAAAGGGGCAGCCUGCCACUUCGUGAGUACCUGUGUAAUCCCAAAUCAGAGGUACAGAUUGGAGACGCAUUCAACAUAAUCCAUAGCUUGUUGGAGAGUCUAGUUUACCUUCACAAACAAGAAUUGGUCCACGGAAACAUUUCUGCUGAAUCAAUACGGAUAACUUUGAAGAACAACCGAGUGACAGAUGCAGGAUUUUCUAUGGAUCACCACCGAGUAUCACAAGACUAUGAAAAGUUAAAUGACAUCCACGACUUUGGUAUGAUAGUAAAGGCGCUUCUGAGGAAAAUCAAACUUCCGUGAACACGUCAUCAGGCGUUAUUGUUACGUAAUCAGUGAUUCAGCUAGUAUCCAAUCGCAUGCCGUGUUAUAAAUGCAGUGACAUUUUUUUUACGAUUAAUGAACUAAUCGUUUUUCCGUUUUUUAUUUUUUACGACUCUCCUGAUGUCUGAUGAAUUUUCCAUCAUUAGACUCUUUUGUACAGUCAUUUUGUGGUAAGAUUACUAUUUUUCGUAUGCAAUCGAAUUAAUUCUUUAUUUUAAAAUGCUCUUACGAUUUUCGACGUCAGGAAAUUACCAAUAUAUGAUUAAAGAGUUUACAAAAAGACCUACAGAGUAUCAAACAUGUUAAAAAUGAAAAGGGAGACAUCCAGAUGUUCCAGUGAGAUGAAGUAUAUUCAUCGUCGUUGAAGACAACCUCUCAAACGACAAAUUCGAACGUCGUUUAAGAAAGACAAUUGUUGUCACUAUUGUAGAAAAAAUCGGUAUUUAACAUCGGACCAUUACACGUGUAUUUUUACUCUGUCAGUUGUCCCUGUGACUGGAGGAAUCGGUGUUUGAAGGGAGCUGAAAGUGACAUACAGAUAAUAUUUAACAUUGCUGUUCUAAAGUUUACAGUUAUUGCUUAUCAAGACCAUAUUGUAUUACAAUAUAACUGCAUAUAAAAAGAAUGAAAAUAACUGACGCAUUCAAAUGUAGUUUAGA